CAAAAUUACAUAAAAACCACCAGGAGAUUUUCUUGAAUAAUUAGAAAAACUUCAGUAUUAAUGUGGUUUACUUCUGUCUAAACACACCUAGAUUAGGGACUGGAGGGGCGCGUGGGGGUCCGGGGUGGCUGCAACCGUGUAGAAAGAGUACAAAUGGUAAUCUCCUUUGUUUUUUUCCUGGUUAAUAUGUUGUAUAUGUUAACAAUAGUUUUUUUUCGGAAGCUAAUACAUGUAUUUACUUAUUUUCUUUACCAUUCAGUAUUCAGUUUGAAUGAAUACUUUACAGUGCUAUGUAUCCUUUGCCUUUUUAGAUUCAUUCCAAUAUUUUUUUCUUUUCAUUUUUAGAAUUUUCUUUUUUACAUUUUCUGCUAUCACGGCGUAUAAAUAGCCCUUUUCCGAAACUAAGUUGCUCCCCUUGCUAAUUAUCUCCCAUUACGAGAUGUGCGCUUGCGCGAGAAAUCAACGAUAACUUCCGGGGACUAUCAAACUUGUCAAAUUCCAUUGUCACCGAGGUGUGAAUGUUGGUUAUUUUUAGAAACUGUCGUAAUGCUUCCCGAGAAUAGAAAGACAUCUCGUAAAUACUGUUGUAUAUGUAAGGGAAUUUAUCGUGGUAAAGUUGUGGAUGGCAAAACUAUUUCGUUACACAGAUUUCCUCAAAAUAAACGAUUGAAAAGAGUAUGGAUUCAAAGAUGUAAAACGGUGAUGAGAACCUUCAAAUGGAACGAAAAUAAGUUAUUGUGUAGUGAACACUUCGUUGAAUCGAGAGGACCGACCUUCCUACAUACCCUGCCAUCAAUAUUUCCGACACAAAAUGGAGUAAAGAAAAUAUUUCCAACUUCGAACCUUUGUGAGAAUGAGCCAGUUCCAGAAUCCGAUGAAGAGAACACUGUGGAAGACGAGGGUGUCGCAAAUUAUUAUUUUGCUACCAAACUUGAGGAAAGCUGUCCAAGCACCGUAAAUGCUGAUUCAUACAGUCUAUUUCAAGGUGUAGAACACUCUGAACUUGAAGUGUCCCUUCAUUUCCACGAUUACUGUAAAGAACCUGCUCCAUCAGCUUAUUUUAUGAGGAAUAUGGAAACACAGACAUAUCCUGAUACAUCUACAAAGACAACAGAGACACAAUCGCUGCCCAUAAAAAGCUUCUCCACAGUUGGAACUCAAACUGAAUGUGAAACAAAAGAAAGCGGACAGCAAACAGAUUUGCCCCUUCUUGCCUACGAAGAUGUUAUGACUUCGAAUUCGAAAUUAAUAUUUUAUACAGGAAUUCCAGACAGAAAUACAUUUGAUGCAAUUUUCGACGAAAUUAAGGAAGACGCCAAUGAGAAAACAUCUACCCAAAGUUCAGGAUACAGUUGUUCAUUUGGAGGUCGGCCAAGAACAUUAAGACUCAUUGAUGAAUUUUUCAUGACCUUAAUGCGCUUACGGUUAGGGUUAUUGGUGGAGGACUUGGCGAAUAGAUUUUGUAUUUCAUCCACUGCAUGUGGCAGAGUUCUUAAUACAUGGAUUGAUUAUCUUGACUCAAAAUUAGAUUUUCUUAUAAUGUGGCCAUCUUCUGCAACAGUGAAACACAACAUGCCUAAAGUGUUUAGAGAUAAAUUUCCAGAUACUCGAGUGAUUAUUGACUGCUCGGAAAUUCGCACAGAGACGCCAAGUUCAUUACAACUGAAGUCAUUGUUGUACAGCGACUAUAAAUCACACAUAACGUGGAAGUCAUUGGUUGGAAUUAGCCCAUCGGGCCAUGUGACAUACGUGUCUGACCUGUGGGUCGGAUCAAUAAGCGAUAAACAGUUGACAAAACAAAGCGGUAUUCUCGAAUUAUGUCAACAGGGUGACGCCAUUAUGGCGGAUAAAGGUUUUACAAUAGCAGACUUGACAACGCCAAAAGGCAUCAAAUUAAUAAUUCCUCCCUUUCGUCGGUCAAACACGAAAUUUUCUAAACGAGAAGUUCAAAAUACAAGGGACAUAGCAAAUGCUAGAAUACAUGUGGAGAGACAAAUGGAAAGAAUUAAGAACUUUAGGAUUGUUCAGGGUGUAAUGCCUAUUACAAUGGCUAAAUGUGGAAACUUUGUGCAAAACUAA